UAGUAUUUGCAUUCAUUCUUUGCGUGCGCGUGCACGUACCACGUACACACGUACAUAUGUACAUGGCCGGCUAGAGCUAGUGAGUAGUUUGAUGUUUACAUUUUAUCGGAUGCAUAUGCGCAUGAUAUACGGCCGGCACCUAGCCAGCUCCAUGGCUGCAGAUAGUAUCGAAGUUACUGUUUACAAACACCAAUGUACUAAUCACAUCAGACUCACUUUCCCAUCGCUGACACGAGGGUGAAUCUGUCGCUAGCGCUACUAGUAAUAGGCAGGAGUGCCGAGCAAGUUUGUCGUCGGCCAUUGCAUCUUUUCGUCCUUGGUCAGUCAUCGAACUCAGACCAGCGUAAAAACUCGUCGAGAUAUCAGUGAAAGGACAACACCGUCUGGCCAGUGUCCUUGCGCCGUGCCACAACGGAGGACCAAGACAAAACUGUUUACUCCAAAUAAAUUGUGUGUCGCUGAGGGGACAAUGACUGAGACACAUGGUGGGGUAGUAGCACCACCAGAUGGGGGCAAGUACAUGAUGCAACUCAACGACAGCGAACUUCAAAACGGCAUCAAACCUGCCCAGGGCAAAGGGGAUGAGAAUGAAGCCCGAGGCAACUGGAGUGGGAAAUUGGACUUCCUUUUAUCCUGUGUCAGCUUUGCCGUCGGACUGGGGAACGUCUGGAGAUUUCCGUUUCUCUGCUUCGAGAACGGCGGGGGUGCAUUUCUGAUCCCCUAUAUCCUGAUGAUAUUCAUGGCUGGCCUGCCCUUGUUCUUCCUGGAGCUGAGUUUUGGCCAGUUUGCCAGCCAGGGAUGCCUCAGCAUUUGGGCAAUUUCACCAAUCUUCAAAGGACUUGGCUUUGGCAUGUUGAUCGUGUGUGCCCUAGUCACCUUGUACUACAAUGUCAUCAUCGCAUACGCACUCUUCUACUUCUUUGCCUCCUUCACCAGCGAUGUUCCGUGGAGAACCUGCGGGAAUGAGUGGAACACUGACAACUGUACAAUCUUUGACAAAGACAACAACAUGACAGUGAAUGGGACUUAUGAAAAUAAUACGCAUGCUGUCCGCCCCAGUCAGGAGUUCUUCAAUAAAUAUGUCCUAGGUAUGUCAGACGGCAUGCAUAUUAUGGGACCAGUCAAGUGGGAUCUUGCCCUGUGUUUGCUGCUAGCAUGGGUCCUUGUCUUUCUUAGUCUGGUCAAGGGCAUCAAGACAUCUGGAAAAGUGGUGUACGUGACUUCAAUCUUUCCCUAUUUUGUCCUACUCUGCCUGCUGAUCCGUGGAGUAACGCUAGAGGGGGCUAUUGAUGGCAUCAUUUAUUACAUCAAGCCUGACCUAGAGAGACUGAAACAUGCAAAAGUGUGGCAGGAUGCGGCAGUUCAGAUUUUCUACUCUCUUGGCACAGCCUUUGGAAGCCUGCAUACUCUGGCAAGCUACAACAAAUUCCACAACAAUUGCUACAGGGAUGCCAUCAUUGUGACUUUCAUCAACUGUGGCACCAGUGUCUUUGCUGGUUUUGUCAUCUUCUCUGUCAUCGGCUUCAUGGCCAACGAUGCGGGAGUCAGUGUGGAGAAGGUUGUGGCCUCUGGGCCAGGUCUUGCAUUUAUUGCCUAUCCUGAAGCCAUAGCACGCAUGCCGCUAUCCACCCUCUGGGCAUUGCUCUUCUUUAUCAUGAUCUUGAUGCUGGGAAUAGGAAGCGAGUUCUGCAUGUUUGAGACUGUCAUUACUGGAAUGGUGGACGAACUGGAGAAAUUCAACACAGUCUUCCGUAAGAAGAAAUGGCUGGUCACUUUGGCAAUGGCUGUAGUGAUGUAUCUACUUGGACUGACUAUGGUUACCAGUGGAGGAAUUUAUCUGCUGACCAUCAUGAACGCAUUCUCUGCUGGUCUAUCGGUCUUGAUCAUUGCAAUGCUGGAAUGCUUUGUGAUCGCUUACGUGUAUGGUGCGGACCGCUUUCUGGACGAUCUGAAUGUCAUGUUAGGCUUCCGUCCUGGUUUUUAUUGGAAAGCCUGCUGGAAGCUUGUGUCUCCAGCUUUCUUGACGUUCAUCAUCAUUUUCACCUUUGUGGGAUACUCGCGCAUGACGUACAACAAGGUCUAUUUGUACCCUGUUUGGGCCGAGUGCCUUGGUUGGCUGAUGACCCUAGCUUCAAUACUACCCAUUGUGGUUUACCCGAUUUACUACCUUCUGAAACAGGAAGGAACCUUUAUGGAGCGCCUGAGAAAGUCGCUGCGCCCAACCAAAGAAUGGGGACCAGCGCUGGACUCUCACCGCAAGGAGGCGGGUUUCCCUGUGCUGCCUGAGGACAACCAUGCUGCCAACCCAGACGAAGUCAGGAAACUAUACAAGGAAGCCGAAUCAAACGUCUAAGGGACCGUGGACUAAUUCCGAUUUGUUGGCGCCCCCGGGCACACACAUGCGCCCCCAUGCACUUUUGAGCAACCCCGUGCCUCAAGGGAACGCAAGGGCCCGUGCACUUGCGAGCAACCCCGUACCGCUCACAAUUGUACGGGCCCUUGCAUUCCUUUGAGUGCAAGUGCGGGUGAUUGCGUGCCAUUGCCAUAGCCAGAAAUGCUUCUUAUGGACACAGCCAUAGGUGAAACUCAACAAUAGUAACUAACAACUCUUAGAUCUCCAAAUCUUGGUGUAUUUAAUGGUUCUCCUUAGCAGAAAAACGCAUAUGUUUGCUCAGUGAAGAUCAGCUGUGAACCAGCCGAAAGACAUCCCAUGACAUUUUGGCUGUUACUUUGGUUUGGGUAAGCAAAGAUCAACCAACCAAGAACUACAAAUGCUCCCAAAGUUGCCUGUUUGUUUAUGAGACUUUCAGAAUUAGGUGACACCUGGGGCCAAUUUCACGGCGCUGCUAAGCACAAACAU